AUGUAUAUGCCGCUGUGUGUAGGAAAGACAAAACUGGAAAACAACCAAAUCACUAAUCGUAAGGGAAACAUCUACACAAAUGUUCAAAUAGCUUCUAAUGGAGAGGAAAAGAUUAUGGAGCUUAGACGAUCUGGAAGGACUAGACGGUCUCCCAGGUGGCACAGCGACUAUGUGGUGGAGAUUCCGGUACGGAGGACUCGGGUUAAGCAGAGGGUGACAGUUGAAGAUGCACCUCAACAGUCUGAGGAGAUGGCACUGCCACUUUCUGAGGCUAUUCAGGAUCUUCCUGAGGAGAGGCCAGAACAAACUGUGGAGAUGGCUGUGCCAUCUGCUCAGUUUGUGAUGGCUGACGCUCAGCCAGAGACUGUCCAGUCUGAGGAAGUGUGUCUGCCAUCCCCGCAGCCUGUACUAGCCCUUCCUUGGCUAGGAUCUGAGCAGACCGUGGAGGUGGCGCUGCCAUCUCCUCAGCCUGAUCAGGUUCCUGUUAAGGAUGAGGUUGGACAGACUGUGGAGAUGGAACUGCCAUCUACUGAGAUUGUUGAGGGUCAUCCUCAGCUCUCGUCCAGCUGUGACCCCCCAGCAGUGGUGCCCCUUCGUCCUCAGCCACCACCAGUGAGGGAACCUAUGAGGCGAGGCUUUACAGCAGGAGGGUUAGUAAGUAAGCAGAAAGUUUCGAAACGAUAUGGUACCAUAUUUUAUAAAGCGAUGUGCGCUUUAUUGGGUUCUUAAACAAGUGCAUCAAAAACAGUGCAUUAAUUUUGUAAAAACUGAAUGUUAUAUAAUCCAUUUCGAAGUUCUGUCUCCCU